GUUUUGUUAAGUUUAAAGGUGUAACCUCUGGCAGGAUUUCAAUUAUUACUAUCUAUCCUAAUCUUUCUUUUUAAUUUCCUAAAUUUGCUUAUGUUGUUGCAAUACAAAUAAAAAAUAUGCAAUCCUGCAAUUAAACGAGCUUCUGUUUUCAGGGAAACGUCUCUGCUGGAUAGUUUUUUUUUUUUUUUUCUUCAAAACGCAGUCCAAGAAGGUGGGCAAAUUAAUUUUUUUUUUAAGCCUCUUAACUUCAGCUUCUUCCCUAUCCUCCCUCCCUUCUCCAAGACUGGCCCUGCUUACCCUUAUCUGGUCCCACUGGAUAACAAGGAAUAUGUGAGAAAUGACCUCCUCUUUUAUCCAUUGGUCAGCAUUGCUGCUGAUACUGACCAAUCUCAUGGAUUCUAGUUCUCCAUGGCGACGGGAAACGCUAACAGAGCUGCUAGUGUAUCAAUUGUAGGAACAGUUGGAGAGUAGAGAUGGCGAGAAAGAAUUACCGAACCUGCGUGAGGAUGGGCAACUGGAACGAAGAUAUCUUCCUAGAGGAGGAAAUGAUGAAAGAUUUUUUGGAAAAAAGAGAUAAGGGGCAGCUCCUUAUACAAAGAAAUAGAAUACUUAUUGCAAAUCUCUUAAGAAAGACAACACUUUCUGUUAUUGAAGAUGGACUUAUUCAUUAUGGAGAUAAAGUAUUAAUUAUGAAUCCUGACUAUAAAGAUCCUUCAGGUGGUCAAGUUGUAUUUGGCAGAUUAGCAUUGGCAGUGACUCCAGAAGAAAUGAAAGCACACAUGAGUAAUGAGAUAGAGGUGCCCUGUGAAGUGACUGCUAUGCCUGGUGUGAAGCCAAUUGGCAGAAACACAUUUAUCAUUUUAAGCUUAGAUGAAAAUGCACUGGGUAAAACUGUCAGAUAUGGGCAGAAUUUUGGUCUUGGAACAACAGCUGGCUUUGAUCAUAAGAUGUUUUAUUUAGGAAGUAGCCUUAAGACACCAAUAAACUCAACAAAGAAGUCUGCACUUCAGGAUGUUCAUCUAACAGACGAGUUCACCUUUUUUACUUGCUGGCAAGCUGCUUAUUUUGAUCCUCGGCUGCGCAUUGAAUAUGAAGACUUUCCAGUUCCUGCAAAUGCCAAAAUUGUUAUCAAGCAUUGCCAUACGAAUCAAGCACUAGCAGCUAACAGGAAAUAUUCUCUAAGAACAUAUUUUGGAAAGGAAUGUGAAGUUGCUUGUCACACACACAUUGAUUGUUUCAAAUCUGAAAAACCCUUAAAUCACUGGGUCUUAUGUACCGGGGAUCCAAAUGACCAUUCAUCUAUUGUACUGGAUAGAGGCAACCUUCCGGAAAAGAAGAUGGUUCCGGAACAGCCAGUGGUGAGCACAGAUGCACCUCCUAUUAAUCUUACUGGACAAAGUCCCUUUCCUCUGCCCUAUGCUGGUAAAGAGCAAAAUUGUAAAUUUUAAUGAAAUUAAUCACUCUUCUUGCCUAAUAAAUAUUUUUAAAAAUGAACUAUAAAAA